AUGUUUGCCAUCUUUCACAAGGGUGUGGCUCCCAGCCAACCCGAGCUUCAGUGCGCUCUCGCGGACGCUGCAGACCCCGCUAACGUUCACUCCGGAAGUGCCGCUGUUGGAGAUUUCAUGAAGAGCAAUACUUCGGCUACAGUGUUGCACUUCGAUGACAACCUCGAGAUUGCCUUCACAGGGGACGGUGGCAGACAAUUUGCCUCGUGCGACGACAUCUUCUGCACCUUCGUCGGCAACCUCGAGAACCUUCCGCAAAUGCGGGUAGCGUACGGUCUCACCCGGUACCGGAUCUGCGAGGCCGCGUUCGUGAUCGAGGUGUACAAGACGCUGCGUGACAGAGCCCCGUGCACCGUUGAACACGCCCUUUCGGAGUUCCGGGGUCCGUUUUCGUUCGUGCUGUACGACCAGAAGCAGAAGAAGGUGUUUGUCGCUCAGGACGCGUAUGGGAAGCGACCGUUGUACUGGAGUCUGUGCAAGGACUCGGUUCUGGCUAUCUCGGAUAAGUGCGACACGCUCCGGAAGAACUGUGGACGCUCCUUCGCUCCUUUCCCCAAGG